GGACAGCGGGCAUCGGGUCACCAGGCAUCAGGUCAUUUGGCUCGACCGCGGGGCACCGCGUCAUCUGGCAAGGCAGUGGGUUCCGAGUCAACUGGCAUGACCGCGGGCACUGGGGCAGACAUUGAAUCGUCUGGCUGGACAGCGGGCAUCGGGUCACCAGGCAUCAGGUCAUUUGGCUCGACAGCGGCACCGCGUCAUCUGGCAAGGCAGUGGGCUCUGAGUCAACAGGCACGACAGUGGGCACCGGGUCAUCAGGUACCAGAUUGUCUGGCUCGACAGCAGGCAUCGGGUCACCAGGCAUCAGGUCAUUUGGCUUGCCAGCGGGCACCGCGUCAUCUGGCAAGGCAGUGGGCACCGGGUCACCAGGUACGACAGCGGGCUCUGAGUCAAUUGGCACGACAGCGGGCACCGGAUCAGGUACCGGAUCAUCUGGAUCAACAGCGGGCAUCGAGUCAACUG